AUGAUCGAGGACAAUAAACAGCGCAUUACAGAUGCGCUCUAUGCCGACCUCCACAAGCACUACCAAGAAGCCUACUGUGGCGACUGCAAGGGUGUCCAAGGAGAUAUCCUCCGCACCCUGGAGAAAUUCGACGAGUGGACCAAAGAUGAGAGACCCUCCAGAUCCGAUCCGCUCAACUUCUUGGGAGGGACAACGGUGCGCAAAGAGCCCCUUGGUGUGACUCUCAUCAUCGGCGCAUGGAACUUCCCUAUAAGUCUCAGCUUACAGCCAAUGAUUGCUGCGAUCGCGGCCGGAUGCGCCGUAAUCCUCAAGCCCUCCGACAUAGCUAGUGCCUGUCAAGACUUACUGAUGGAGAUCGUCCCCAAGUACAUGGACAACGAUGCCAUCCGGUGUGUUUCCGCCGGGCCCCAGGAAAUGGGGUACAUUCUGGAGCAUCGCUUCGAUCACAUCUUCUACACAGGAUCUCCAAAUGUCGCCAAGAUCAUCCACGCCGCGGCAGCGAAACAUCUCACUCCUGUGACUCUCGAACUGGGUGGCCAAUGUCCGGCCAUCGUCGCUGAGUCGGCGAAUCCCGACCUGACGGCAAAGCACAUCGCUGUUACCAAAUUCAUGAAUGCUGGUCAGGUCUGUCUGAAUGUGAACCACGUACUCGUGGAUCCUGUCCUACGGGAUCGCCUCGUGGCCGAACUGAGCCGGUACUUCGAUGUCUUCCUCGGCGGCCAAGACAACAAACCAGAAUACUACACACAUAUCAUCAACGAUCGCAACUUCGAACGUCUCGAUAACCUUCUUCAAAAGACCUCAGGAAAAAUCGUAUAUGGCGGCCAACGCGAUCGCGCCACCCGAUACUUCGCCCCAACCAUCGUAACAGGAGUCCAGCCCGGCGACUCGCUCCUCUCCGAAGAAAUCUUCGGACCAAUCCUUCCCAUCAUCGACGCAGACUUUGACGCAGCCAUCAAAUUCACCCGGAGCGGCGAACACCCACUCGCCAUCUAUGCCUUCACAAGCCAAGAGGCAGACAAGUCCCGGAUCUUGAACGAAACCCAGUCCGGAGGCGUGACGUUCAAUGAUUGCGGUCUUCACGUCGCUGGUCGGGACGUGCCUUUCGGGGGCGUUGGAAACUCAGGCCAAGGUCGGUAUCACGGCCCGCAUGGUAUUUUGACGUUCUCUCAUCUGCGCACGUAUACCAAUGCUCUGCCUACGUGGAUUGAAUCUCUGAUUGCGGCGCGAUACCCCCCUUAUUCGGUCGAUAAGGCUCAUCAGAUGAAUCCGCCUGCUGCGCCGCCGUUUGAUCGGGAGGGUAAUGAUAUAACCGGUCGUUCGAAGUGGACUUUGUUUGGAAUCCUUGCAUUAUCUGGACUGGUCAUGGCUCGGCAGGAUCAGAUCGUGGCCCUCGGUACAAAGUUGCUUAAAUAG